CAACAUUGUGCACUACAUCAGAUAGGAAAGUAGCUCCUAUUUUGUGGUACAGUUUGUGUCAAUGCCAGACUCAGAGUUUGCUAUUAUUUCUGUUAGUGUUUACUAGUAUUUCUAUUAUAGAGAUAGAUUGACUCUAGAUUGAUAGAUUGAUACUAUCUUAGUUUAUCAUGAUUGCAAAAGUGAGAAUAGUUUACCAUAUCACAGCUUUCAGCUGGUAUGCCUUUAUCAUUAAGUCCAUGGCUGCUAAGGAUGGAGAGAAGUUACCACCUGGGAUCUUUGAGUAUGGUGGACCCUGGAAGUACCUUACUUUCCUCAACCUGGUAAGAUUAUUUGGCAUUUUGAUUACAAUUGGGGGUUGGAUUCUAAUGGAUUAAAAGGUACUACAGACUGAAGUUACAAUAGUAAUGUCAAAAUGUAUUGUGAAUGGAAUUGAUUUGGGAUAGUUGGAUGAAAUGUGUUAUACUGCAUGGGUUGUGGUUUGAUCUGAACAAUAAAACCUAACUUCACAGAUUUUAAUAUAUCCGGUAUAGAGGUUAAACCCUGUCAACCUAGUCAGGAAUAUCUCUAAGGUCACAUGAGGCUGCCUGAUUUUUGUUGUAUGAUUUACUGUAUGUUUAUAUUAAUGAUACAUGAUAACAAAAUGGGAAUAACAUUAAUAUGCUAUGUAUGCAAUAUUUAAGUUAUUGCAGAUGGUGUUCUUUGGGAUGGCCGUGGUGAAUGAUCUUCAGACUGGGAAAAACCCAGCAAAGGGUCUGAACAAGUGGAAAGACCUCAUCUUCUCUGUCCUCGCCUUCCCUGUAGGCAUGGUGAGAAGGAGUGAUUGAAAUACUGUGAAAUGUUGUGAUUUGAUAUACCACCAACAUAGAAUCUCCCACAUCAAAGGGAGAUAGUAUAUAUCAUCUUAAUGGAUUACUGCAACAACAAAAAAUAUUUACUUUUGUCUCUAAAAAUUUUCAGUUUGUGGUGCUGCUUUUCUGGGUGAUCUUUGCCUAUGACAGGCAGCUUGUCUACCCAGAAUCUUUAGAUGCCUUCUUUCCUCUCUGGAUGAAUCAUGCUAUGGUCAGUACAUAAAAAUUACAGACCAAAUGUGUUUAAUGAUUGUGAAUGUAGAAGUUGGCUGGAAAGUAAUUAAUGAUGAAAAUGUAUGAAAAUGUUAUUUGUAGCACACCGUUGUUAUGCCUAUCUUACUUGGGGAGAUCCUGCUUCAACCUCAUGUGUACCCAAAGACCAACAAUGGCUUAGCUGCCUUAGGAGUUGUGGGCUUGGCUUACUUGGGCUGGUACGUAAAGUUGUUUAUGAAUCAGAUACAAAUGUAUGUAUUGCUGACCAUGUGUUUGUAGCACUAAUCCACAUUAAUUUGAUAAUUGAGUUCUAAUUCUGAUUCAAAAUGUAUGCUGCUGACCCACUACACAUAUAUUGACAAUAAGAGUCGGACAUUGUACUUACUGUAUGUUGUUUCACUGCACCUCCAUUCUCCAUCUCUCUUGUUCUGUAGGGUGAUAUUUAUCUACCUGGCGGUAGGUCUUUGGGUGUAUCCUCUCCUCGGGCUCCUUAGCACCUCUGGUGUGUUGGGGUUAUUCCUCUUCAACAUGACGGUGGUGACAAUGAUGUAUCUGCUAGGACGGACCCUAAACAACUGUAUCUGGGGUGAGUGACCUCAGCAGUCUAGAACCAUGAAGUAAGAAGCAGAAAUACCAUGCUAACGUUAUAAUAACCACUCCCUUUCUCGUUCUCUCUCUCUCUCUCAUUGUUAUUAUUUUAGGAAAAGGCAAGACGGUAACUAAAAGGAAAUGA